AUGGUAACGAGCAUCGAAACAAACCUCUGGCCUUUACUCGUUGGUUUGAGAAUUUUUGGCUUCCACAUGGGAUCGAGCAAGAAAGCGAGUGAUGGAUCACGUUAUUCCAUUUGCUUGACGGUCGUCGGUUCGCUGAUGGUCUUGUCGACGGUCGUGAUUCAUUGCACUUCGUUCGUGUGUGGCGUGAUCAGAUUGAAAGCCAAUGGAAUCGGCGCCAACGGCACUAACCUGACGACGGCCAAUCUUCUCAACAUUGGCAUCGAGCAUCUCAAUUACACAUGGGUCCUCAUCGGAGUUCACGUCACUUUCUUCUUCGUCUCGCUGACGUCCAACUGGACAACGUUGUGGGAUUCUCUGCUCUUGAUAGAGAGGAAUUUGAAAUUGAAUUCCACGUUCCACCGCAAGUGCAAGAAGAGCGUCACUAUCGGAUUCUGCUUUCUACUGAUCGAUUGCCUCAGUCACUUGCUCAUUUCGAUUCGAUCGUUCUACUGGGACAUGGGCGUUCUCAGCCCGUUGGCUAUCGUCCUGUCCAACGUUUCACGGACGACUAUCAUCAGCGUGUUCCUGCUGUUCUGCGUCCUCGUGCGAGUCAUCAUGCUCGUCUUUCAAACGCUGAACGAUCAAAUUGCCCAUCUAGACGAAACAGAGCAGUUCCCAUCGUUGUACUUGACCAGCAGGGUCUUGAAUGUUCGCUUGGAGAAAUGGCGUCGGAAUCACACGCUGGCCUGCGAAUUGGUUGAAAUGGUCAACCAGUGUUUUGGCUUCGUGAUGCUCGUUACCGUUGUCAAUGUUUUUGUUAGUUUCAUUACGACGACGUUUGAGAUUGUGCGCUCCAUGCAAGACGAUGCAACGAUACCUGUCCUCUUCAUCGUCAUCUUUAUUAAAAAAUCCAUUUUGCUCUCCAUCAUUAUUUACGAACCUUAUCGUCUACAAGCCGAGGCUGCUCGGACCGCAGUCUCUCUUCGCAAACUUUUACCUUCCACUGCCGACAUUUUGACCCAAAUCAAGUUGAAUACAGUGGUGAUCGAGGUAACUCACGCCGGCCCUAAAAUCACGGCCAUGGAAUUCUUUGACGUCAAUCGCAGACUUUUGCCAACCUUGAUUGGCAGCACGUUGACGUACGUGGCUAUUCUCUGUCAAGCCUCGUCAAAUACCCACUCAUCGUUCAAGUAACAAUAACAUACGUUUCAUUGGUCUACGAUAAACAGA